GAACAGACGUGAGUGCAGCCUGGGAGGGUUGGGAGAAUCCUGCGUGGAGAUUUCCCGAGGACUUGGGGGCCCUGCCUUCCUGUCAUGACUAAGCUUGGACAAAGUGGUCCCUACGGGGUGGGGACCCUUUCUAGGGCAGCCAGGUAGGGGCCUUCCCCUUCCCCUGGAGAGCGACACUGGUGUCAUCCAUCCUCCAGCCUCAGUCAAGCAGCUAGGGCUCCCUUUGAGUGCAGUGCAAGUCGUAAUCUUUCAAAACUGCAUGUAGAAUGUAGUUUCCAUUUUUAUAAAUUAAUCAGAUCUAGCACCAAAUUUUGCUACAGGCUGAUUUGGGGACGGGGACUCGUGUCGUUGCUGUGCAUAGCUGGUCAGGAGAUUUGUAAAUUGUACCAGGAAACUCCAGAAUGGAGGUAUCAAUGCCCCUGCCUCAGAUAUAUGUAGAAAAAACCCUAGCCCUUAUCAAGCCAGAUGUUGUUGACAAAGAAGAGGAGAUACACGACAUUAUUCUGAGAUCUGGAUUCACCAUUAUUCAGAGACGGAAACUACACCUGAGCCCUGAGCACUGUAGUAACUUUUAUGUGGAGCAGUAUGGGAAAAUGUAUUUCCCAAACUUAACAGCUUAUAUGAGCUCUGGACCUCUUGUUGCUAUGAUAUUAGCUAGACAUAAUGCCAUCUCUUACUGGAAAGAACUUUUGGGACCAGCUAAUAGUUUAGUAGCCAAGGAGACACACCCGGACAGUUUAAGAGCGAUCUAUGGUACAGACGAGCUGAGGAAUGCACUUCAUGGGAGCAAUGACUUCGCCGCCUCGGAGAGAGAGAUCAGGUUCAUGUUUCCUGAAGUGAUCAUCGAACCGAUUCCAAUAGGACAAGCUGCUAAGGACUAUUUAAAUUUGUACGUAGCGCCAACCCUACUUCAAGGACUCACGGAGCUUUGCAAGCAAAAGCCAGCAGAUCCUUAUAUCUGGCUCGCUGAUUGGCUGGUGAAAAAUAAUCCCAACAAGCCUAAACUUUGUCAUUUCCCAGUGACAGAAGAGCCUUAGUCUACUCCUCAGAGCAAGUGCCAAGUUAGCUACCUUACUGUAAGAAGCUGCGCACCAGUUCUUUACAUUAAAAACACAUCUGUGUCUUUGUG